ACUUUGUUUAAAGUACAUCCGGGCUUUAUUGCAAAAAAUUGUCAGCCAUCUUCUAGAAAGUAAACAGAGGGCAUACUUAAACCAUAUUUCUUUUGUCCAAGGACAGAUUAAAAAUAUGACAUAAAACUAUAUGCUUUAGAGAAUGUGAAAUACUGGACUUGAAAAAAAAUUUCUCUGAAGCUGUAAAGAACUUUAGUAAUUGAUGGUGAAGUGUUGAUUUUUGUUAGAAAAUGUGAACUAUGUUUUGGAUUCACGUGUUUACAUCUGUUUUCUUUAUCCUCCAGCAUUUAACUGGGAGCUGGUCCGCAGAGGCUGCUCUGGCAGUACACAUAUCACGUCAAUGUGUGGUGUUGUAUCAAUCAUGUGAAGAAAAUGGAGGACGGAGCUGUCAAAGAUAUGAGCAUUGUGAAGAUGAAAGUCAGUAUUGCUUCACUGCAUGGAGCCCCAACAAUGCAUCUGCUAAUGGAAUUGAACCAAUGCACCAGGGAUGUUGGACACAAAAUGAAGGAUGUGAAAAUGAUAGUUGUAUACAGUCAAGUCGUCAAACACAUGCUGUAGGAUUCUGUUGUUGUCGACUGGACCUUUGUAAUGCGAACAUAAGCAUGGCAGGAGGCUCACCUCCUAUAAUUACUGAGAAAGAUUCAUCUACUAAAAUCCACUCCAAUGGAAAGGCCAACAAAGUGAUGGAGAUUCUGAUGUAUUCAUUGGUGCCUAUCAUAGUAUUGGUAAUGCUCAUCAUCAUAGUCUUUGUCAAGUGGCGCUGUUACUACAAUGGCAACAUAUAUACUUCUCAUCUGCAACUUCCAGGCAGUGAUCCUGAGAUGGGGACUCAAGAAUUCAAUCAGCCCCCCCGUCCAAUCCAGCUCUUAGAGUUACGGGCCCAUGGAAGAUUUGGGGAAGUUUGGAAAGCGAACAUGCUGACAACAGCUGUUGCUGUAAAAAUCAUGCCAUUCAAAGAGAAGGCAUCAUGGUUAGCAGAGCAGGAAAUCUACAACUUGCCCCAUAUGAAACAUGACAACAUCUUGCUGUUUGUUGGUGGAGAAAAACAUGAGGAAAACCUUUGGCUUAUUACAGAAUUUCAUGAGAAAGGGUCACUCUGUGAAUUUUUGAAAGGAAAUCCUGUAUCUUGGUGUCAGUUGUGUAAAAUAUCAGAAUCCAUGGUCAGGGGUUUAGCAUAUCUUCAUGAUGAUGUUUCACUAACCAGAUACCAGUCUAAACCAGCUGUGGCCCAUCGUGAUUUCAAAAGCAAAAAUGUUUUGCUGAAGGAAGAUUUGACUGCAUGCAUUGCGGACUUUGGAUUAGCAUUGAAAUUUGAACCUGGUAAAAGCCCAGGAGAAACACAUGGCUUGGUCGGAACGCGUCGAUACAUGGCUCCUGAAAUAUUAGAAGGUGCAAUCAGUUUUCGGAAGGAUGCUUUUUUGCGAAUUGACAUGUAUGCUUGUGGACUAGUCCUCUGGGAGCUACUUAGCCGCAACUCUUGUUCUGAUCAACCAUCUGAUGAAUAUCAGCUGCCAUUUGAAGAGGAAGCUGGGUCACACCCAACACUAGAGGACAUGCAGGAACUAGUUGUCAUGAAGAAACUAAGGCCAACUAUAAAGAAUCAUUGGCUUCAACAUCCGGGUUUAGAGCAGGUUGCAGCCACCAUAGAAGAAUGUUGGGACCAAGAUGCAGAGGCACGUGUAUCUGCCAUCUGUGUCAAGGAGCGCUUGAGUCAGCUCAGCCGCACAUUGAAUGUGUCCACCUCCAGCCACAACCUGAGCAUUUCUCCCAAUCAGAACAUAUACUACCACAUCUCCUCGGUGUCCACCUAGUGAUCAUAGACAGAUCCCACAAGCAUACCUCAUACAUGGGCAAUUAGUUCUUACAACACAUACUUAUAUGUGUGGAGAAGACUGCCUUCAACUCAGGAGAUAUACAAUAUCACAAGUGAUUAACAUCUAACCAAAAGUCCAGCUGGGAGAAUAUGUAUUGCAUUUAUGCAUUUACAUGUACGAGGUUACUUUAUACUGGGCAAAUUUAGGAGAAGCCAAGAUGUGGAGAUGUGUGUGUGUGUGUGUGUGUGUGGUUUUUGUUUUUAAGUUUUGGCUGUAUUACCUCAUAAAAGUAGUACACUUACAUCUUUAGAUGCACUCUUCAUUUCGCUUUAUAUUUAUCUAAAGACCCUGUCACACUACAGUGUUUUAGACAUCGUAUACCAGCGUAAGUAAAGUUUACAUGUAUCAUACACACUGGCAUAAUUAUACUGAAGUUUAAUUAAAAAAUCAAAAGAAAAUACCACUUUAAGGAAGUAUAGAUAGUGUUAUACUAACACAUAAAAAAUUAUUUAUAACUUCCCUCUAGCAUGUAUAUAACAUCUAUAAGCUUAGGACAGUGUAUACGCUACAUAUCUUUAGUAUGUUCGACUUAUGUGAAAUGCAUGCAUAAUGUUUAUUUAGCUUAUGUAAAAUGUAUGAAAGGCCUGUUGGAGGACACUUCAACAAGUAAGUGACAUCAGAUAUAGAAAUGACUGUUCUUUUCAACCACAUGUCAUUAUAGAAGUGAAUAUGGUUGGAACAUGACUUCAUCUAUUCAUUUGUGCCAAGUAUAUAUAAUUGAACCCAAGAAUGCUUGUUAUGUUAGUUAAAUAAAUAAAUGUUUAUUCGGUAUAUACAUACAAACAUACAUAAAUACCAAGGAUAACCCAUGAAAGCUCGAAAGCUAGAAGUGUUUCCAAUAGAUUAGACCUAAGUUAUACCUAAAUAAUGAUACACAAAUUCCCAGUGGGUUGCCGAUGUGUGUCAACAUGUAACAUACAUGUACUAGUGCAUUACUCACUUGUUGUUUACUUAUGACCAAUACUUUGGCAUACAUUGAAAAUUUUAUGCAGUUUUGGUUCACAUUCAGUAUACCACUACAUUUCAGCAUGUUUGAAACUUGUAAUAAAUUUAUUAUUGGCGUGUUCAAUAUAGGCCAGCAUAUUUGCUUUACUUCUACAUCAGAAUACGUUGAUACUAUAGGUUGUAGUGUGACAGCGGAAUUAGGUAUUGAAUAAUAUUGUCUGGUUCAUUUUCAUGAUUGUACUGGAAUACUAAUGAUAAAGUACUAAUUUCUACAUAUGAACCUGUAUAUAAGGCUGUGAGACAGUGCAGAACAUUUAAGCAUAUUUGUAUAUAUAUCAGUGCAUAAGUUAUAGUGAUGAUAAGCUUUUCUGAGUUGUUGAGAUAUAAAGAUUAAUCUUGGCUACAUUUGCAGUAGGUUCUAUGUUGAUGAAAAUCCUGAUGUUGUGAGCAACAUGUGAUACUGGUCAUGUACUAGUGUUCCCCAAACAAAGUUUUGGAACAUAUUGUUUUUACUCUGCUUCUUCUUUUUAUGUCCCCGAACUCGUAGUGUCUAGUGUCCCCGAACACGUAGUAUCGGGGACAUAUUGUUAUGCUCCAUUUCUUAUCAAGUCUCUGAACACAUAGUGUCGGGGACAUAUUGAUUUUGCUCCAUUUCUUAUUAUUAUUAUUUUCUUAUUAUUAAUGUCUUCCGUUUCCCAUUUUUUCUCCUCUAUUAUUUUUUUUUAUUAUUACAAAUUUUGUGUGCGCAAUUUCUCUAAUAUGCGUCAACUGAUUUUUGUGAAAUUUUCAGGGAUGGUAGAUAUUCACUUAAACUAAAAAUAAUUUUUUAUGAUUUUGAUUACAUCACUUAUAAAGUAAGAUAUUGACUUUUUUCCAAGUUUCAGAAGGUCACUGUGCAGGAGUGUUCUCAAAAACUAUAAAAGAUAUCAACUUCAAAUUUUUUAGCGAUUGUAGAGGAGACUUGGUAGAUGUGACUGGGCAUAUUGAGAUUUGUCUGAUGCAAAAGGUGCCAAAGCUCGUCUGGAUUUGAAAAUGCGCAACAAUUUUUUAGUGCAAUUUUUUAUACAUUUCGUUAAUAUCUUUUUAUACAAAAAUAAUUUGUGAAGACAUAUAUAACAAAAGUUGUAUAUAAUGACGAGACCUAUUCUCCAAUAUCAAGUUUUAGGGGCCAGCCCCUUAACGAAAGGGCUGAAAGGUGUCAAAAGUUUUCUAAAUAUGUCAAAAACUAAAAAGAAUUUAUAAAGCAUUAUUGAAGCAAAGUUGUUUGUUUCGAUGUUUUGCCAUUGCUAAUGUCAGCGAAAUUUACAUUGAUUACGUAAUAAGGGAUUUUAUGGGAAAUAAUGUCGGGUACAUAUUGUUUUUGCUCCAUUUCUUAUUUUCUUCUCCUUAUUAGCUCACCUGAGCCAAAGGCUCAAGUGAGCUUUUCUGAUCAAAAUUUGUCCGUUGUCUGUCGGCGGCGGCGGCGUUGUAAACUUUUCACAUUUUCGACUUCUUCUCAAAAAAUUUCAACCAAACUUGCCACAAAGCAUCCUUGAAUAAAGGGCUUUCAAGUUAGUUCAAAUGAAGGGCCAUGUCCCUUUGAAAGGGGAGAUAAUCACAAAAAUGCAAAAAUAGGGUGGGGGUCAUUUAAAAAUCUUCUCAAGAACCACUGGGCCAGAAAAGCUGAAAUUUACAUGAAAGCUUCCUGACAUAGUGCAGAUUCAAGUUUGUUCAAAUCAUGGCCCCCGGGGGUUGGAUGGGGCCACAAUCGGGGAUCAAAGUUUUACAUACUAAUAUAUAGGAUAAAUCUUUAAAAAUCUUCUUCUCAAAAACCACUCCGCCAGAAAAGCUGAUAUUACAUGAAAGCUUCCUGAUAUAAUGCAGAUUCAAGUUUGUUCAAAUCAUGGUCCCCGGGGGUUAGAUGGGACCACAAUCGGGGAUCAAAGUUUUACAUACAAAUAUAUAGGAAAAAUCUUUUAGAAAAUCUUCUUCUCAAGAACCACUGAGCCAGAAAAGCUGAUAUUUACAUGAAAGCUUUCUGACAUAUAUCAUAUUUCAGUUUGUUAAAAUCAUGGCCCCCAGGGUUAGGAUGGGGUCACAAGGGGGGAUCAAAGUUUUGCAUACAAAUAUAUAGGGAAAAUCUUUAAAUAUGAGCCAAGGUGACUCAUGUGAGCGAUGUGGCCCUUGGGCCUCUUGUUAUUCGCCUUCUUUAGUGAGAAUUUGUCCGCACGAUUUUAUGAAAGUUCUUUGACAGAUCCACUUCAAACUUUGUGAGCUGAUAUGGGGUCAUGAGAAUGGGUGCAAUCAACUUCCCAAAUUUUCAAAAUUGCCGCCAAUUCAAAAUGGCCGCCAAAAACGUCAAAAAAUCAAGGUUGUCGGAUUUCAACCAAACUCUAUAUCUAAGGUAAUUUGAUGACCCCGAGUCCAUUUCCACCAUAAAAACAAAAUUUGAGCCGCCAUUUUCAAAAUGGCCACCAUAUACUAAAAUAUUUCAAAGUGUUAAAAUCUUGAUCUACAUCAUUUGGGUUCUGGGGCAAUUAAGGGUACACGGUUCACUUCUAGCAUCAGUAUUUCCUUCCAUUUAAGUUUCAAAUGGCCGACAUUUAAGGUAGCUCACUACACUAAAGCUUAUACUCUGUAUGACACCACGUCACAAGAUGGCGAUUUAAGUGUUUUGCGAAAUUAUUUGUAUCGAUCGCCUUGUUUGUCAAUCAUCGUAGCUCAGUGGUUAAAGUAUUGGGCUGGUGAACCGCAGAUCUCGAGUUCAAAUCCUCGAGAGUCUUUUGUUCAUAUGUAUUGAAAUUAUUUUUCUUGAAAAUCAUGUUUUUAUCCAAAUUUGUAUAUUUUUUGCCUUUUUGGCAUAUAUACUUAUUGUAUAUCAUCAUAUCUUUUAUAAUUGAAUCAAUUCGUACUGAUUUGAGAAACUCUGGGUGUAAUGAGCCGCCUUAAGAAAAUGGCUGCCUAAAAUCAAGUUUGUCGGGAUUAUUGAGGAUCCAAGUCCAUUUCUGGCAUCAAAAAUCAUUUCUGACAUGGGGAGGUGUUCGGGGACCAUUAUAAUAAUAAGCACCAUGAUAAGAGAAAUAUGCCUAUUUGUUUUUUUUUAAGGUCAAAGGUCAAUAUCACUUAUGCAGGAAACAGACCAAACCAUAAGCUCCAGAAUAUUGCAACUUGGUACAUCAAACUCCCCGUCGAGGCCUCAUUACGUCACCUACGAAUAGACCUCUCCUAUGUGACGUAGCACAAUAUACAGAUUUGUAUAUUGUGAGUCCGCGAUUAUCACGCAGGCAAAUAACACUAAAGAAGUAGUUAACAGUUAAAAGUUUGAAGAUAUUGAUAUUAAUAGCAUUAAUAUAAAAUUAUGGAUUUUAUUUUAGACAUAAAAUGAUCAAAAGAUCAUUAAAAAGUAGGGAGACUCUGUUCAAAUUAUUGUGUAAAGUAGUGAACUUGAUGUUUACGUUCUUGUUUUUGAAAGUUGUUUACGUUUGACGUUAUGUUUUUUCGUCAUUCUACAGUGACGUCACAGUAUACGCUGCCUAAGUAAUCGCUAUCCCAUAAUGCCUAAGUGGAAGAGUUUGGUUUGUGAGCAAACAAACUCUGGUGGAAGUUUGCUUGGUACAUUUCAUCACCAUGAUAUAGGAAGAUGCCUAUUGUUUUUUUUUAAGGUCAAAGGUCAAUGUCACUUAGUAGGAAAACCUUGUAGGCAAGAUACAGACCAAACCAUAAGCUAUAGGAUAUUGCAACUUGGUACAGUUGAUCACCAUGUUGAGAGGAAAAUGUUUAUUAUUUUUCCAUAUCAGAGGUCAAAAGUCAAGGUUAUAGUACCAGUUAAUAGGUAAACCUUGUAGGCAGAAUACAGACUGAACUAUUAGGGCAUAGCAAUGUAGAGCAGGAAGGCCUCUACCAAAAUUGUAAAUUUCAUGAUCCCCGGGGUAGGGGUUCUGACCCCAAGGUGGGGCCAAACUUACUAUAUAGUGUUUAUGUGUAAAACAUUUAAAUAACAUUUCCUUUAGUGCUAUUGAUACUAAAUUAAAACUAAAUGGAUACUUGGAAGGAGUAGGUAGUCCUUUACCAACAUUGUAAAUUCCAUGAUCCUAGGGUUAAGGGUGAUGUCAAAAUUAUAAUGACGAUUUGAAGGACUUAUUUAAGUUUGCUGAUUCUGUAUAAAAUCUAAAUAUAUGCUUAGGAAUAGCAGAAAAGGAUGUACAAAAAAUGGUGAAUUUCACAACCAAGGGUUUUGACCCUAAGAUAGGUCCAAAUUAGUCAUAUCUUUUAAUGUUAGUGCACAUAUUAUGUAAAGUCUUUCAUCAGUGUAUGCACUUUUGAGGGCAUUGAAGUUUUAAGAACACAUCUUGUUUUAUACUGUUGUUUAACAUUAGAAUUUAGCUUAGAUAUUCAGAAUAGGGGGGGAAAAUUCUAGAUUCCAUAGCCCUUGGGAGUAGUGAUACUUUUCACUAGUCCUCAGGCCUAUUGGCUUCUUGUUUUGUCUAGCACUUUUGAAACUUUCAGGUAUUGUAGACAGAAAAGAGUCGCUGUGAUUUAUGGGGUUAUACUUGAGCAAGUAUCAGAUAUUGCUCAAUUCCGGUCAUCACAGGAAGUGAUGGAAAAUGAGUAAAUAUUUCUAUUCUUUGUUUUUAAUAUUCUUUAAACGUUUGCUAUGGAAUGUGUAGAAUUGAAGUUUAAGAUUGGUUUCUGCAUGUGAAUGUGUGGGAGAUGGCAACUUAGAAUUACAUGUUUUAUUAGCCGAGUUGCAACGAAGUUGAACUCGGCUAUUGGUUUGGUGAUGCGGGCGGUUGGGCGUCAACAAUUGGUUUCCGGAUGAUAACUCGAAAAGUUUACAAUCUAAUCCAAUGAAACUUUGACAUAUUGUUGGGUACCAGGUAAGGAAGACCCCUUUUAAUUUUGGAGAAAAAUGGUCAAAGGUCAAGGUCACAGUGACCAAAAAUAGAAUGAAAAAUUUGGUUUCCGGAUGAUAACUCAGAAAAAUUUAAAUCCGAUUCAAAUGAUACUUAAAGAUAUUGUUAUAUACCAGGUAAGGAAGACCCCUAUUGAUUUUGUAGAAAAUAGGUUAAAGGUCAAGGUCACAGUGACCGAAAAUAGAAUGAAAAUUUCAGAAAAAUUUGGUUUCCAGAUGAUAACUUUGAAAGUUUAAAUCCGAAUCAAAUGAUACUUAAAGAUAUUGUUAUGUACCAGGUAAGGAAGACCCCUAUUGAUUUUGUAGAAAAUAGGUCAAAGGUCAAGUAUACAGUGACCGAAAAUAGAUUUGAAAUUCCCAAAAAUUUUACUUUUAGAAGGAUAACUUGAAAAUUUUUAAUUUGAAUCAAAUGAAACUAGGAUAUAUUGUUGGAUACCAGCAAAGCAAGGCCCCUAUUGAUUUUGGAGAAAAAAAGGUCAAGGUCACAGUGACCGAAAAUAGAUUGAAAACUUCAGACAAAUAUGGUUUCUGGACAGUUACUCGAAAAGUUUAAAACUGAAUCAAAUGAAACUUGGUUAUAUUGUUGGAUAGCAGGUUAGGAAGACCCCAUGCAACUCGGCUCAUGCACCCCUGGGUGCAUAUAUUGAUUUUUCUUCCUAUUUCUGAGAAACUGUUUCAAAUUGAAUUAUGAAACUUGUAGCGUUCCGGUUGUCACAGGAAGCGAUGGAAUAUAAUUUCUUAUGAGAGGAUUUCUCAUCUAUUUAAUCAAAAUGAAAUUUAAAGAGAUGACAACAACUAUUAUGCAUGUUACUUUCUUGGAGAUAAUGUCGAAAAAUUCACAUCAAGUUGGCAGGUGCGAACAACUUUUCAUUUUUAGCUCACCUGAGCUGAAUUAGGUGAUGUCGGUGGCAAUAACUUUUCACAUUUUCAUCUUCUUCAGAACCAAUGGGCCAAUAUCAACCAAACUUGGCACAAAGCAUCAUUGGGUGAAGGGGAUUUAAGUCUGUUCAAAUGAAGGGUCAUGCCUUUUUCUAAGGGGAGAUAAUCACUAAAAUGCAAAAAUAGGAUUGGGUCAUUUGAAAAGAACCACUGGACCAGAAAAGUUGACAUUUACAUGAAAGCUUCCUGACAUGGUGGAGAUUCAAGUUUGUUAAAAUCAUUACCCCUGGGGGUAGGGUGGGGCCACAAUAAGGGAUCGAAAAUUACAUGCGAAUGAACAAGGAACCAGACUUGGCACAAAGUAUCCUUAGAUGAAAUUUGUUAAUAUGAAAGGCCAUAUCCGUCUACAAGAACAUAUGAUUGAUUGAAUAUUAUUGAACAUCCCUCUUGAGAAUAUUUCACUGAUAUGGAGACCUCACCACUGCCUGUGAAGGGCUGCAAAAUCUAGGUCUAUGCUCGGCGCGUUUUGUCUUUGAGCAGGGAGGGAUCAUUAUCGUGGCGCACCUGCUGUGACACUGGACCUCAAUUUUCGCGGUCUCGUCCCCAUUCAGUUGCCUCUUAUGAUAAGCAGGGGUACUGUGGACCUAUUCUAACUCGAAUCCCCAUGGGACCAAGGACAUAUGAUAAUUAAUGAAUUUAUGGUCAAGUUUAAUAAAUAGGUUUGAUAAUUAAUGAAUUUUGAGUGGUUACUUUUGAAAAGGUUUUUUUCUGAACCAAGCUGCUUGUAUAAUGAUAGUUUUGCUCAAGCUUGUAGUACAUUGCUAGGAACUGCCGCUCAGGUGAGAGAUGUGACCCAUGGGCCUUUUGUCUUCAAAAGCUUUUGAAAUUUGCGUUGUAUGUGUAUUUUGGUGCUCUUUACAAUAUGCUGUGGUCCAAAUCACUAUCCUGCAUGCUUGCUGAAUUUUGACUUUUUUUACAUGAUCGAAACAUUAUGAAAUUCAUACUGUAUGUGUAUGUUGUAUGGCAUCAACAAAAGUGCUCAGUCCUACUCGCAUGAACAUAUAUUGCUUUUCUUUUCUUUUCUUUUCUUUUUUUUUGAUACUAAAAUGGUCAUAGGCUAAAACAAAACGAAAUUUUUGUUGUGGGUUUACAUAAUGAAUGCCAGAUGAAUGAUGUAAACCAUAGAUGCCAAAUCAAAUUUGCGUUUGUGUGAAUGCACAAGCAUUGUACUUUUUUACUUCCUUCAUCAUGUAUUAAUCUAUAUCAAUUUGAGAUUUCAAUGAGAUGUUUUGAAAUUUAUGGACUUUCUAGUUAGUAGCAUUGUCAAAAUAACUAACAUAUACAUGUAAACACGUAUGUUGAAUUUUGAUUGGCUAAUAUUUGAAUAACCUGCACAAAUCUCUUAUGAAUGAGAAAAAUGAACUGAUAUUGAUAUUGUAUUGUACACACUACAAAAACGUAGAAAUGUAAGAUGAUUGGUUAUGCUGAAGCACAUUGACUUUGAUUGGGGGGGAAGGGGGGGGGGGCAUCUGUAAUGGUACCCGUUACAAUUAGCACUAGUUAUUGUUGUUUCCCAUAGCAUGUUAUGUCCCCUUGUUUUAUAUGAUGUUAUAUUUAGCUGGUUGUUCGGGGAGACAGUCUACCUGACUAGGCUGUGUUUCCUAUGGUACAUUUUCAGAUGAUAUUACAUAUGUAUGUACCGGUGAUUGUCUUAUUUGGGUCUCUUAAUGUAUAAUAUCUGUCAGUAAUCAUGCCACCAUGUAUUCUAUAUGAUAAUACCAUUGUAUUCUCUUUUAAUGGAAGUAUUGUAAAUCUGCAAGAUCUUCGGUUUAGUGUCAUUUCAUUUAUCAAGUCUCCCAAACAAACUUUGGAGGCUUAUUGUUUUUGCUCAUGCACAGAUCUUUUUUUAAAUUUUUUUCCCCCUCCUUGCUCGCAGCUAAACUUGUCUAGAAUAGAUCUUCAUUAAAAUGGUUAAAUGCAAGUUCACAAUAUUUUAUGUUAUGGUAGCUAGGCCUUAUUCUUUUAAGAGAUGUAGACAGGCAUAGCAUAUGGCAGUGUUGCCUGUGACCACUCCUAAUGAGAAUAUAAUGGGCCUAUAUUCCUACUGGAUGAUCCUUAGCAUUAAUGUUUUGAAAUAUGUGCGAGGGAAAGUAUAUGUUGGAGUAAUCAAAAAGGGUAAGGUUUUAAAUUUUUAUUGUAGAAUUCCAUGGGAAAAUUGUAAAACACAAUUUUUAAUGCAAUAAAGUUUUACAUUGUCCAUUGUCAAUGAAAUUUGGUAUAUUGGGGUAGUUUAGGAUUGCAAAUACUACAGUGAUUGUGAAAUUAUCAAAAUGGCUUCAAAAGUGCAUGAAUUUUUAAUGUCUGAUUUGAAAAAAAUUUGUUUUGUAGGGGUAGUUGAUAAUGGCGAACUCAACGGUUUUCAAAAUUGCCACCAAAUACUUAUCAAAUUUCUAAAUAAAACUUUAAUUUAUUGGGGAACUCCUGCCAAAUUGUUUCUGGGGAAUCUGGAGAUGGGCAUUUUUAGCAUGUAACAUGCUAUUGAAGAUACUAUGAAAUUUUGACUAAUAGAGAAACCUCUACUUAACACACCAAUUUUUCAAUAUUGUCUUAUCUUGAAAAAAAUUUGUUAUAUAUUGGAAGUUAAGGAUAGUGAAUAGAAAGGUGAAAUGGAAAUUUUCAAAAUUCUGAGAAUCCAUCAAUUUUUCAAUGUUCUUCAAUUUCAACAAAAUUUAUAUGUAUGUAGGAUAGUUAAUGGCAAAUAGUGAAUUUGCCAUUUUUAAAAUGGCUGCCAAAAACAUCAAAAUUCUCAAUAUAACUUUAAUAAUUCUGUAUAGGAAAACCCCUGCCCAAACUUUUUCGAGUGGCAUUUCACAUGCAAUUGAGGUUAUGAUUUAACUUUACUUUAAUGGGGAAUCAAGUUUCAGUGUUGUCCAAUCUCAGCAAAAUUUGAUAAGCAGUUUAGGAUGGCAACGGUGAACUGAACAUUUUCUGAAUGGUAACGAUUUUCUGAAUGGUCAAUCUCAACAAAAUUUGCUAAGUGCAUGUAAGCAGGGAUAUUUGAAGAUGGCAAAACAAAAAUGGUGAACUUGCAAUUUUUUAAUGUUAAAUUGCUGAUGGAUGACCCACAAAGACCAUUGGUCCAAAAUCAAGGUCACAAGGUCAAACACCAUGGUAUCUCAAGGUCUUGUAAUAAAGAAUCUAUAUACAAAUGAAAAUUAACUUCUUGAAAAUUACAAAGCCAAUUGUUUUUCAUUUUGUGGUGUGAAGCAUAUAUAGGAUAAAAUGAAAAUAACUUGGGAAAAUUAUUACCUUACCACUCAUGGCAGGGUCAAAUAUGCUAGAAAUGGCCAUGUUUUCAAGAAAUCUUCUUUACUGCAUGGAUAUGAUGGAUGUCCAUGAAGCUCUCCACUAAAUUAAAUUCAUAGUCAGGGUUCAGGCCCUUGGGUGGAGCCAAUAUGGCCUCACAAUAAAAAUAUAUCAAAAAUUUAUUUUUCUUCUCCACUUUCACGGUCAUGGGAGAUAAACUAAAUGCAUGGUUAUGAUGUCUAUAAUGUCCUCUGAUUAAAUUGUGAAGUUCAUGGCCCAGGGGUUGGGGAGGGGGGUUCAAAUGAUUUUCAUGCUUCAAACUUCCUCUCUGAAUGAAAAGAAUUGUAUGUAUAUUUUGAAUAAAUUUCUUAUGGCAAGA